AUCUCUCUCUCUCUCUCUCUCUCUCACGCACACACAGAGACCUCACGCUUUACAUUGCAGUAAUUAGCGAGAGAACGAGAGUAUAGAAAGAGAGAAAAAGUUAAGUUAUUAAUUUAUAGAGUAUUGAGAGAUCGGAGAUGUCGGAGAAGCGGUUUAUAACAGAGAUCGAGCCGGCAAAGGAAGCGAAGGAUGGGAAGCCAUCGAUCGGUCCCGUGUAUCGCAGUGUGUUUGCAAAGGACGGUUUUCCACCUCCGAUUGAAGGACUGGAUAGUUGUUGGGACAUCUUUCGUAUAUCAGUAGAGCGAUAUCCUAAUAACCCAAUGCUUGGUCAGCGUGAAGUUGUGAAUGGGAAGCCUGGCAAGUAUGUGUGGAUAACUUACAAAGAAGUAUACGACAUAGUGAUGAAAGUUGGAAAUUCCAUCCGCAGUUGUGGUGUUGAGGAAGGUGUACGGUGUGGAAUUUAUGGUGCCAAUUGCGCAGAGUGGAUUAUGAGCAUGGAGGCAUGCAAUGCUCAUGGGCUCUUUUGUGUUCCUUUAUAUGACACUUUAGGAGCUGGGGCCGUGGAAUUUAUCAUAUCCCAUGCAGAGGUCACAAUUGCUUUUGUAGAAGAAAAAAAGAUACCUGAGUUACUGAAAACAUUUCCUAAUACGACAAAAUAUUUAAGAACAAUCGUGAGCUUUGGAAAAGUUACUCCUGAACAAAGUGAAGAAGUUGAAAAGUUUGGUUUGGUAAUAUAUUCGUGGGAUGACUUUUUGCUAUUGGGAGAGAAUAAACACUUUGAUCUUCCAGUGAAAAAGAAGAGCGACAUUUGUACAAUAAUGUAUACUAGUGGAACAACUGGAGAACCCAAGGGUGUUAUGGUUUCCAAUAAUAGCAUCGUUACUCUUAUAGCUGGAGUGAAACGUCUAUUAGAGAGUGUGGGUGAAGCGUUGACUGUGAAGGAUGUAUAUCUUUCGUAUCUUCCUCUUGCGCACAUCUUUGAUCGCGUGAUUGAGGAAUGUUUUAUCAACCAUGGGGCCUCCAUAGGGUUUUGGCGUGGGGAUGUCAAACUAUUGGUUGAAGACAUUGCAGAGCUGAAACCUACUGUUUUCUGUGCUGUUCCCCGGGUGUUGGAUAGAAUUUAUUCAGGUUUGCAACAAAAGAUUUCUUCAGGGGGUUUCUUGAAGAAUGCAUUGUUUAAUGCUGCAUACUCCUUCAAAUUUCAUUACAUGAGGAAGGGGCAUAAACAUGAUGAGGCAUCUCCAAUUUGUGAUAAAGUUGUUUUCAGUAAGGUUAAGCAAGGGCUGGGGGGAAAUGUAAGACUUAUUUUAUCUGGAGCUGCACCUCUUGCUUCCCAUGUAGAAGCUUAUCUAAGAGUGGUGGCUUGUUGUCAUGUUCUUCAAGGAUAUGGUCUGACGGAGUCCUGUGCUGGGACAUUUGUUUCUCUACCAAAUGAAUUGGAUAUGCUGGGUACAGUGGGCCCUCCGGUACCCAAUGUGGAUGUGUGCCUAGAAUCUGUUCCUGAAAUGGGAUAUGAUGCCCGUUCAAGCACACCACGUGGAGAAAUAUGCAUAAAGGGGGAGACCUUGUUCUCAGGGUACUUCAAACGUGAAGACCUCACUAAAGAGGUUUUGGUUGAUGGGUGGCUCCACACAGGGGAUGUUGGUGAGUGGCAACCAAAUGGAAGCAUGAAAAUUAUAGACCGAAAGAAAAACAUUUUCAAGCUCUCGCAAGGAGAAUAUGUUGCUGUUGAAAACUUGGAGAAUAUUUAUGGUCUUUUUCCUGAUAUUGACAUGAUAUGGAUAUAUGGGAACAGUUUUGAGUCUUUCCUUGUUGCUGUUGUUAACCCAAACAAGCAAGCAAUUGAACACUGGGCAGAAGAGAAUGGCGUAUCAGGGGAUUUUGAUUCCCUCUGUGAAAAUCCUAAGGUGAAAGAGUAUGUCCUUGGAGAGCUGACGAGAAUCGGAAAAGAGAAAAAGCUGAAAGGUUUUGAAUUUAUCAAAGCUGUUCAUAUUGACCCUGUGCCUUUUGACAUGGAUCGCGACCUUCUCACCCCGACAUAUAAGAAGAAAAGGCCCCAGUUGCUUAAAUAUUACCAGGGUGUCAUCGACAACAUGUACAAAAGUGCAAAGUAACCCCCUGCCUGAAGGUAGCAUCCUCUGAGUUAAUGGUCUGCAAUCAUGCAAUUGCUAGAUAUGGCUAUCUUUUUGCCUUUUGCUUCUGACUGUACAUAUUGGUAUUUGGUAUAUCAAAUAUUUACGUUGAAAUCAAAACUUGUGUAAUACAUAACAUUUUUCCUUAUAAGGACCCGUCGGAAACCAAUCUACCUAAUUUGAACAGCUCUCCGCUCAUGGUCUGACCCCGUACAGGGGAUUCAAGGCCGUGUGGCAGCCUGUUGGCAUGGCAGGUAAGGUCACGAUCCUUACACCUCGGUUGUUGGGUAGAAUUGGCCCAGCCAAAUAACCAGCUAUUGACCCGCAAUAAUACUAACAACAAUUUCUUAGUUUGAAUUUGACAGCUAUGUUAUUUAUGACAACUGAGCUUUGAAUAUUUAUAAAUGAGAU